AUGAACCAAUCCCAGCGUCCGAAACGGACCAGCAAUGCCUGUCAACGAUGUCGGUCCAGGAAGGUCAAGUGCUCUGGGACACAUCCUUGCGACAAAUGUCGUCAACGUCGUCAGAAUUGUGUCUUUGAGGAAGAUCGGAAGAUUGUUGUCUCAGAAGAACUCUUUCUCUCCUUAAAACGCAGAGUUGAGGAACUCGAGGGAUUACCCCCCUCUCCGACCAGCAAGCGACACCGUACCUUGAGGGAAGACAUUCCCCCAGAGUUUGUCGAUAACGUACAAGCAGAAACCAACCCCGAAGUAACAACACCAAUUGCGACCGAUGCCGACUCCCACGACGACCGAUUCGCAUCUAAUCCUUUAGUCUCGCCUUCAACAUAUGUCAAGCAUACCGGUCGACAACACCGAAAGUGGCUAUUCCUUGGCCCUACCUCAACAUGGUCCUUCAGUCGACGAAUUCUCAACAUCGUCCAAGCCCGAAUAAACCCCGACAGCCAGCGACCGAUUCCGUUGGCGGUGGAUGGCGAUGCGUACCAAAUACACUGGCGACAUGCGAGCUCCGAGGAGGUCCCGGACACCAGUGGCCUGCCGUCGUUGGAGCACGCGCUUUACAUGGUGAGCACGGUACAAUUCCACUUUGGCAAUAUGUAUCGACUCUUCGAUGAGGACUCAUUUCUCCGCCAUCUCAAUGAGUUUUACAAAAACGCCGCAGAGAAGGUGCAGGAAUCGCGUCUCUGGUACGUGCAGUUUCUCGUGAUCCUGGCCUUUGGGGAGGCUUUCUUGGCUCCAGUGCGCACGGCUUCCAAUACGGCGUCGUGGACCAAAUACUUUUCCAGAGCCAUGUCGCUGCUGCCGGACAUCACGGGGCUCUGGCAGGACCCAACGCUGGCAAUUGAGACUCUGGCGCUCAUUGCGGUGUACUUCUACUCCGUGGAUAUGAGAGAUACUGCCUAUUGUUAUAUGGGACAUUCCAUGCGGAUGGCGCUAGUUGAGGGGCUCCAUCGUGCUCAGCCUGUGGAGCAACUAGGGCAGAAACUCGUCACGCGCUGGAGCAACAUCUGGUGGACGGUAUAUAUUCUGGACCGCAAAUUCUCAUCGUUCAUGGGGUCGCCUUACUCGGUCAAUGACGAUGACGUCAAUGCCGUUCUCUGGGACCCUCGAACAUGCUCGCAGAAUGAGGCAGUCUUGAGUCUGCAUGUCCGGAUCUCCCAGGUUGCUGCUCGUGUACUGAACACGGUUUACAGUCCCGACGGCACGCUAGGCGGGCUCUUUCUGCGCAAGGUUCGCUCUGUCUUGCAAGAAAUGUCCGAUCUGUCGCGCGAGCUCGAUGAAGUGUUCUCCAACCGGUUUGCGAAUUCAGUCGACGCCCUCUCGGGUGUCACCACACGCCUGACCCUAUCAUGCCAUUCAUGCAUCAUCGUCACCACAAGACCUCUUGUCUUAAGCCUUUUAUGGGAACGCCUCAGUUGCUACGAAGAAGGCGCCGAGUUUCGCACAUUGUCGUCACCUGUACAAACCCUCCUCCAAGCAUGUAUCGACUCCGCCAUAAAGUCUCUAAAAAUCCUAUCUGCUCUGCGAGACCAGAAUCUGCUCGAAACAUUCCUCCCCUUCGAUCUCGAGAACCUCUUCUCCUCCUUCUUCGUCCUCUCCCUCAUCGCCGCCAUCCUACCCGACGCAGCGAUCGACCCAACCUACCGUGAAACAGGCUUCGGCUUGCUGAAUGAGAUGAUCGGACGGGGUAACCGUGUCGCCCAACUGCGCAAGUCCGAGAUCGAGCUCCUCGAGGAACUCGUCCAGCCCUUGAGCCGCCGGCACAGCACCCCCUCAGUCAAUGCAGAGUCAGCACAUGGCCAGCUGGCCACUCCGGAAAGCCAACAACGACCGCUCGAACACCUUGCACAGAUUUCUGGCACUACUACGUGUGGGGUGGAUAGUAUCCCGACGAUCCCGCCCUCCGAUGUGCCUCCCGAUCCGGAGGAUGAGCUAUCGCUAGACUGGCGGGGUCUUGGGUUGUCGUUGGAUUACAUGCUCUCUGUGACGGAUCAAUUGAAUGCCAAUAACUUGGUGAUGGAUGCGGAGCGGGAGGGGCUGCAGACAGAUCUGUGGUUGUGGGAGGAUAGCUAA